AUGUGUAUACUUGUUGAUAAAGUCCGCAAAGGCUUGGCAGCGAUCAAACGUAUUUCCGGUCCUACUUGGGGUGCUACUUUGGAGAAGCGACAUCAGCUUUACCAUGGCAAACUCCUCGCCCAAAUCGUAUACGCCUGCGCCGCCUGGUUCCUCCACGACCCGUUCAAUGAUCCUUGCCACGAGAAGAUUAUGUUCGGUAUUUCACCGCGCGCACUAAGCCUCUUGGAAUCACUCCAGAUUGAAAUGCUCCUUGUCAUCUCCAGAGCAUGGAAGCAAACGCCAGUGACAUUGAUAGAGAAAGAGAUACAUGUUCUUCCAAUCCUCUUGAAGCUCCAUUCGGUCGCCAUGAACCAUCGAUGUCAGAAAUAUGAUUCCAAGGAAUACGAACUCAUCAAAUUUGACACGCAACACAAGCAUCCGUUUACGCAAAUGGGUCUUCUCGUAGAUCAACAUGUGCGCCACAUCCGCGAGGUGCGUCGCCUUCAUCAUGAUGAUGAGGCCGAACUUGAAGAUCUCUGGCAAAAGCCAGCGAAACGAAAGGUUUGGGUCAAGGACUUCACUUAUAAGAAGGCUUUCGAGGAGGCGAAGAAGCGCUUUGACCUCUGGGCGCGCGCGCAAGCAGCUAAACCAGACGGCCUGACGAAAAUACUCAACCCCGCCUAUCGAACAGGCUUUGGCGAUCACUGCUUCUCCCUCUACUUCGGUUUGGCCGCCGCACAGCAAACAAUGCUUCUUGGAUUGCGAACCGGCAACAUUGGGAUCAAUACGAAUCCCGUUCUGCGUCGUGCCACGCAAAGCAGCGACAUGAGCUGUCCUCGCUGUGGAGAUCCACUCCAUACCAUCAAGCAUCUCAUGUUCCAGUGCCCAGAAACCAUACGCCACCUACCGUCACUGAUCGAUGCCGCUUCACACUCAGACUUCGACAGGUUCAUGACAGAAGACACCGACCUUAUCAGCUCGUACGCCAUUGCAUACUUCGGCCUCGACCAGUUCGAUUCGGUCAAGGACCAAGCGAGGUACCAAUUCCCUCGGAGGAGGACUGUUAUACGGACGAAGGGUAAUGCAGAUUACAAGAAGUAG